GGCGAGAAGAUACCGCCGGGAAAGCCGAUGUCGAUGGAACAGCACAUGCUGGACAAAGGGGCUCAGAUGUUGCAGUCCCUGAAGCCUGUGAAGCAGAUUAGCCAGCAUGUGUGCACCUUUGCUAAGUAUAGCCAUGAAAUGACUCGCCAGAUCCAGACUCACCACUAUGUCACUCGCCUCAACCAGGACUUCCUUCAGUGCGCCGUCUAUGAUUCCGACGACUCAACCAGCAGACUCAUUGGGGUGGAGUAUAUUGUGUCGGAAGAAAUAUUUGAGACUUUGCCACCUGAGGAGCAGAAGCUUUGGCACUCUCAUGCUUAUGAGAUCAAAUCAGGGCUCUGGGUGACUCCCCGAGUCCCAGAGAUGGUUGUGAGGCCCGAGCUCGAAAAUAUUGCUAAAACUUAUGGCAAAUUCUGGUGCACUUGGCAAACUGACAGAGGUGACAGGCUUCCUGUGGGUGAACCAGCACUGAUGAUGUCCCCACAAGCUGUGAACUUGGGCAUGGUGACACCAGAGAUAGUUCAGAGGAGGGAUAACAAGUACAACAUAUCAACUAAUGCGCUCAAGAAUUCAAGAAUGGAGAUCGCCGAGCCAGAGUGGAUAAAUCCCCUGGCUGACUACUGGAAACAGCACCAGAAGGGCUUUGCUAUCUGUGUUGAGACGACAGAGAUGAAGCUCCGACCAGGGGUAACCUUCCCCUGA